AGCAGAGUAACCAAAACAUGAGCGUAGGGGCAGGCGCAGGCUGGGAGUGACUGGGGGAAGCGAUUAAUUCGAUGAAAAGGAGAGCCUUCACUAGACAAACUGCUGGGAUACAGAGAAGCACAGCAGACAUAUGCAUGAUCUGGGGACUGUUUUCUCAAUUCUGCGACGAGAUCCGGUGGGAAAAUCUAGGUAAAGCUUAAGACACACGUGCACCAUUGAAGAGUUGAUGCUGAUCGGCUGCUGGCAAUAUCCCAAAAGGGAUGUGUCCCUAUCCAUGCAUUGGAUGCCCCCGAGUCGUGUCCGAUGGAUUGGUCUAUGAACUCGGCUUUGCUCGGCACCAGCAACAGCACAUCCGCAGACGACGCAUCGGAGAGGGAUCUGAUGCUAGACAUCGUUUCCCUGUCUCCUGUCCUGAACGGCCUCGCCACCGGAAGCAGCGCUGGAAACCACACUGCCGAAGACGAACCGCACCGGCGACUUGGACCGGCCAGAGGCGCGGAGGCGAGUCCGCUCCUCCACGGCAUUUCGGUGACGGUCCAGGCGCUAGUCCUCCUGGCAAUUUUCCUCCUGUCAAGUUUAGGCAAUUCGGCCGUCGUGGUCAUCAUUAUAAAGCACAGACAACUGAGGACGGUAACGAACGCCUUCAUCAUGUCUCUGUCCCUAUCCGACUUCCUCACGGCCAUUCUUUGCUUACCGUUUUCAUUCAUGAUGCUUUUCAGCAGAGACGGCUUUUGGAUUUUCGGGGACCCGCUGUGCGUUGCAAACGGGUUCUUCAACACCUGCUUCGGCAUCAUCUCCACCCUCACCAUGACCCUGAUCUCCUUCGACCGUUAUUAUGCCAUCGUGAGGCAGCCGCAGGAGAAAAUAGGGAAAAGGAAAGCCAUCCAUCUGCUGGUGGCGGUGUGGGUGACGGCGGUGUUGUUUUCGCUGCCGUGGUACUUAGUGUUACGUACAUCCAAAGAACUGGUGGUUCACAAGCGAGGGUUUUACCAUUGCAUGUACGUCUUCCAUUCGGGGAACUCGAGAAUGGGCGCUGCCUACAGCAUAUCCCUGAUCGUGGUAUGCUACCUGCUCCCAUUUGCCCUCAUGUGCUUCUGCCACUAUAACAUCUGCAAGACAGUCAGGUUGUCAGAAAUCAGAGUGCGCCCGGUGACCACGUACGCCCACCUGCUCCGCUUCUACAGCGAGAUGCGCACGGCCACCACGGUGCUCAUCAUGAUAGUGUUUAUCAUUUUCUGCUGGGGGCCAUACUGUCUGAUGGGGAUCAUCACGGCCAUGGGGAACUAUACGUUCAGCCCCGUGAUGGACACCGUGGCCAUAUGGAUGGCCUGGGCAAACGGGGCCAUCAACCCUCUGAUUUACGUAAUCAGAAACCCGAACAUAUCGAUGCUUCUGGGACGGAACAGGGAGGAGGGAUACAGAACUAGAAACGUGGCCGCCUACCUGUCAACGCAAAACCGAAGCAGGGACGCCAGAUCGCGGGCCGACAGGAUCAGAGACAGGUACGCCAGUAGGCAUGGGGUGGGCAGCCGGCUCUCCUCCUCCAGUCCGGCCAACGGAGGGGACAUCGCCAUGUGGGCGUGCAAAAACCCAGCCGUGCUCUUUUGCAGGGACGGUCACCCCGACACGGUGUCCCAAUCCGUUGUGGCCAAAACGGAGACCGCUGACACCAGUUUAUGAUUUGCUCUAAUUUGCGCCUAUAAUUACAGAGAAUAGCAAAUCAUUAAAGAUGACUGUUUUGUGCCAAAAUAGUGGUUAACUAACCCCCCAGGGAAGGCGGGUUAAUAAUGUCCUAAAAAAACGAAAUGAUUCGCAGUCCAACUAUCUCUCAGCUGACAGAGCAUCGGUAGACACUGUGAAAGCAGAGCUGGCGCAGAAGGCGAGGAAAUAAAAUUAUAACAAUUUUUUUUAAAAAUCCAUUAUCAGUUGUUAAGUUACGGCCCAUGGGCUUUGUUAAAGUGAAGAUUUGGAGGGAAAAAAAUGUUUGCUUUUUUCACGUGAACUGCUACAUCAAAGAAUUGUCUAUCAGAGUAUCAUUAUCAAAUACAAUCCAGUUAAACCCACGACAGGCUGUGCAUUUUAUUUAGGCCUAAUUGUGUCCGGUGAUAGACCAUUGUGGGUAAAUGAAGCUCUUCAAAACUACCACGGACGAAUUUUAUUCCCCGUAGGCCUACUUUAAAAUGCUGCCACGCUUAGGACUUCAGUUUCAUUUUGCGGCAGUUUUUAAUUAUUUUUACAGAAAAGCAGGCUACAGCAUUAUUCCCAUCAUCGCCAGAGAUCAGUUUUUAUAAUGACAAAACAACUGUUUAAUCUGACCAUCUGUUACAAUGAAGUUUACGGUCUUCCUCAAAUGCAAAAUAGGAUUAUCGUCCAGUUAUCCCGUGUUAGCAUAUUUUAGACACAUUUUUAAAAGGCAAUAUUUAUCUUACAAAACUGAUAGAAAUGGUACCGUACGUCCGUACUUUGAACAGACAAUACGACGUAAAUCGAUUCCGGCAUGGAAAUUGGCAUUUUACAUUGGAAUUUCCCAAAGAAAACCAUCACAUAAAUACCUGUAUUACAAAAAAAUAAAAAAUUAAAUCGAAAACUGUCACUAGAUUACAAUCCAAGGUUCUAUUGUGCAGAGCAGCUUUUUCACAAAAAGUGCUACAUGAUACAAGAGAGGCAGUAUUAAAACCGUCAGGGCCCUUGGCCCGUUCACUAUGUCAUGGCAGUGUGUGGGAAGUUCGGAUGAAAUCACAAUAUGUAAACCACAAUUACAGUUCUCACAAGAUUCAAACAACUCCCACCCAGAUACAAUAAAUCAAGUUUGGAGUGUCACCAUUUUAAGAGAGUCCGACAAAUAAAAGCACAAUGUUUUGCACAUUUCCUAGAAUGUAACGGCAUCGCACCAAUUAGAAUGUUAAUUGGUGUGGCGCCUCAAACUGUGUCUGAAUAUAGUGUUAAUUUAUUUUUGCUGCUUGUAACGUUAGUGAAAUUCAUUGCCUAACUGCUUGUGACCCAAUGAUGUAGAAUUCGAUUUUGCAAAUGAAAAUUAAA